AUGGCGGAAGAAGAGAACCCACUUGCCGAAUAUGAACAAAUUGACUUUCUUAGAGAUCGGCAUAUACGGUUUUUUCAGAGAUGCCUUGAAGUGUUACCGGAGAGGUAUUCCUCAUUGGAGACGAGCAGGUUGACCAUUGUGUUCUUUGCCCUCUCUGGUCUUGACGUCCUUGACGCCAUGGAUGUCGUAGACAAGCCCAGCUUGAUUGAGUGGGUUUACUCACUUCAAGUCCUUCCCACAGAAGACCAAUCAAAUAUUAGCCGUUGCGGGUUCCGAGGGUCAUCGCAUUUAGGAGUUCCGUACAAUCCCUCGAAGGGCCCGGGCUUACCUCAUCCGUAUGACAGCGGCCAUGUGGCGAUGACCUACACCGGCCUGGCCUGCCUGAUCAUCCUGGGAGAUGACCUGGGCCGAGUCAAUAAGGAGGCGUGCCUAGCGGGGCUGAAGGCCCUGCAGCUGGAGGAUGGCAGUUUCUAUGCUGUCCCAGAAGGAAGUGAAAAUGACAUGAGGUUUGUGUACUGUGCCUCAUGUAUCUGCUACAUGCUCAACGACUGGUCCGGCAUGGACAUCAAGAAAGCCAUAGAUUACAUCCGCAGAAGUAUGUCAUAUGACAACGGCAUCGGACAGGGAGCUGGCCUGGAAUCACACGGCGGCUCCACGUUCUGUGCCAUCGCCUCGCUGUGCCUGAUGGGAAAGCUGGGGGAGAUGUUCACCGAGCGCGAGCUGAACAGGAUACGGCGGUGGUGCAUUAUGCGGCAGCAGAACGGCUUCCACGGCCGCCCCAACAAGCCCGUCGACACCUGCUACUCCUUCUGGGUGGGCGCCACCCUCGAGCUCCUAGAUGUCUUCCAGUACACUAACUUUGAAAAGAACCGGAACUACAUCCUGUCGACCCAGGACCGCUUGGUGGGGGGAUUUGCUAAAUGGCCGGACAGUCACCCAGACGCGCUCCAUGCCUACUUCGGGAUCUGCGGCCUGUCCCUGAUCGGCGAGUCCAACCUGCGGCGGGUGCACCCCGCCCUGAACGUGAGCGAGAGGGCCUUCGAGCACCUGCAGCAGCUGCACCGGGCGUGGAGAGAGGCCUGCACAUGACGGCUGGCCGGGCCGCCCCCUCCCCUCUGCCCCGCCGCCGCUGCCGCCGCCAAGCCAUGAGAAAAGCCCACCUACCAAACCUUCUUCUUCUCUCACUAACCUUAGCAAUAGAAACGAUAGCGGGUAGCCCGUGGAGGAGUCUGCCCCGCUCCCAAAAGAGGGGGAGUGAUGAAUAAAUGAUCGGGGUGUAGACUCAAAUCAAUAAUUGAACACGGACAGGCGGACUAGGUUCUUGGCCCCGACAAAGGCUGAUACUGUUUAGCUUCACUGGAAAAAAAGACUCAGUAUUUCCGCUUUCUUUUCUUUGAUAAACCCUCACUGUUUACA